CCGACAUUUUUGAAUCAAGAUGUUGCAACAGUUGUUGAAUUCCUUUUCAAGACUAUGUGUCACUAAUAAUCGCCUUACGUUAUCACAAUGUAUGUCGGUCAAAUUUCCAACACUCAGCCUAACAUGAACAACACACAACCCCAACUCCAUCAGAUACGUUGCAUAAAUAAAUUUGGGUAUUUGACAGAACCUGGAUGGAGAAACAUCGGUAACAAAUGGUUAGUGAAAUUCCCUGAGGAGUACACUGUAAAGAAACUACCACUCAUGAAGUUGGCAGGAAGAGAUCCUACCACAGGUAAAAAAGUGUAUGGUGGUCUUGGAGGUGGACACAAGAAAAAGUACCGAUGGGUUGAUAAUGUUCGUUCUGGACCAAAGGAAGGGCCUCCAUUGGUUGAAAAAAUCUUGAGACUGCAAUAUGACCCAUGUCGAAGUUCAAAAAUUGCAUUGGUAGCAGCUGGAGACAGAGUAAGGUACAUUUUAGCAUCCUCAACUAUGAAAGUUGGAGAUUUAAUAUCAACAUCUGGGCACAUCCCCAGAAAUGCAAUUCGACCAAAAGAAGGAGAUGCUCAUCCAUUGGGAGCACUGCCAGUAGGCACUGAAGUUUGUCUGGAUGUUGCCAUGUGAGCAGUGUCAGAGAUCAAGUGGAUAUAGGUAAAGGAGUAGGUUGUUGAUCCUCAACUUUACCAACAGUGGGGAA